AUGAGCUCCAUCCCACCCUGGCGUGCUACAGCGUCGGCAACUGCUACGGCUCCAUUUCAUGGACAUGCAACCCCAGCAUAUAUUCCCGUUCAAGCACGCCGUAGCUUUGCUCAUACCGCCGCAACAAAUUCUGCUCCUAGUGUGACGACUCAGCCGAAGCCAUCAACGACUCCAGCACCUUCCCGCAAAAGAGUAGAAUGGCCAGCACCCCUUCGAUCUUAUGUACAACGAAGCUUCGCACCGGAGCAUCAGAUCCCUGGAGUUGAACGUCAGGAGAUGGAGACGAAGCUGAAGACGGUAAUCACCGAGGCCGCGGAAAAGGAGCAGUUGGAGACGAUCAACUGGGAUGCCUUGCCCCUACCACAGGUUAUGAUCCAGAACGAACGCAACAAAAUUCUGACAAACCCGGCCGUCUCUGGAUGGAGUGCUUCUCUCGUAGCUACUGCUCAGAAACCAGCGACCGAAGAUGCGUCCAAGAAAAGGAAGUCGACUGAGUACUCCCACGGAGACAAAGACAGCUGUCCCCCAUGGAGGCAGACUAACAACAAUCUUGCACUUGAAGAUCGAACCACUUACGCUUCAGCAGACAAACGCCAGCGUAUUGAUUAUAAGAACCCAAGUAAGUCCAAAGCUAAUCUGGAGAUGCGGAAGAAGCGCUUCGAAGAAUCACGGGCCAGAUUUGGAUCUUCGCCAUCUUCAUCCCGCGAUGACUCACCUUCACCUGGUGCGAAUCAGGGUCCAGUGGUCGGGCGGUGCCAGGACCUGGAGAAGAACUAUUUCCGCUUGACCUCAGCUCCCAACCCAGAUACCGUUCGCCCAUUGCCCGUUUUGUAUCAGACUCUGGAUUUGUUGAAGAAGAAGUGGAAAAAGGAUAACAACUAUGGAUACAUCUGCGACCAGUUCAAGUCAUUGAGGCAAGAUUUGACCGUGCAGCGCAUCAGGAACGAGUUUACAGUCAGCGUGUAUGAAAUCCAUGCCCGUAUUGCGCUCGAGAAGGGAGAUCUUGGUGAGUAUAAUCAAUGUCAGACGCAGCUGCGGGCAUUGUAUGCGCAAAACCUUGGCGGUCACCCUACCGAGUUCAAGGCGUACCGUAUUCUUUAUUUCAUUCACACUCGCAACUGGACGGCUAUGAAUGAUGCGUUGGCCGAUCUAACAGCAGCAGACAAGCGUGAUCCUGCUGUCAAGCAUGCCCUGGAUGUGCGCUCGGCUCUUGCUUUGGGCAACUAUCACCGUUUCUUCCAGCUUUAUCUUGACACACCGAAUAUGGGAGCUUACUUGAUGGACAUGUUCGUGGAUCGUGAACGACUCUCCGCCCUUGCAGCCAUUUGUAAAGCGUACAAACCCGAUGUAAAAAUUCGGUUCAUCACCGAGGAACUUGGCUUCGAAUCUGAUGAGCAAAGCGCUCGAUUCAUCUUGGACCACACCUCGGAUGAUAUGCUCCAGGAGCGAGAUGGGUCCGUGAGGCUGGUUACUGGCGGCAAGGCUGGCCAACUCUUUGAGGCGGCCAAGGCGGAAGCCCACCGCGUCGUUGAUAUCAAAGGCCAGAUUUGA